AUGGUUCUCAAAUCGACGUCGGCAAGUGAUAACUCUGUAUAUCAAGUUUCUGGUACUAAUGUAUCACGGUCACUACCUGAUUGGAUCGCGAAGAAGAGAAAGCGCUCACUCAAGAAUGACUUAGAGUUUCAAAAUCGUGUGGAGUUGGUACAAGAUUUUGAGUUCAGCGAGGCCUCCAACAAAAUUAAGUGCACACCAGAUGGUCAAUAUGCUAUGGCUACCGGUACGUACAAACCACAGAUUCAUUUGUAUGACUUCGCAAAUCUAUCACUUAAGUUUGAAAGACAUACGGACGCUGAGAACGUUGACUUCUUGAUCCUUUCUGAUGACUGGACAAAAAGUGUUCAUCUACAAAACGAUAGAAGUAUUCAAUUCCAAAACAAAGGUGGUCUUCAUUAUACGACGAGAAUACCCAAAUUUGGACGGAGUUUGGCAUAUAACAAAGUUAAUUGCGACCUUUACGUGGGUGCCAGUGGGGAUGAGCUCUACAGACUUAAUCUUGAGCAGGGUAGAUUUUUGAACCCUCUCAAACUCGAUACAGAAGGUGUGAAUCAUGUAUCUGUGAAUGAGACGAAUGGACUGCUAGCAGUGGGAGUGGAAGAUAACGUGGUGGAGUUCUGGGACUCCCGUUCUCGCUCCAGGGCAGCAAAGCUGAUUUUGGAGAACAGCUUUGACAACUCUCCCUUUCAGGUAACAGCAACCAGCUUCAGAAGUGAUGGUCUAAAUUUUGCGUGCGGGACUUCUACCGGUUACUCUUACUUAUACGAUUUGCGGACCUCGCAACCCACCAUUGUCAAAGAUCAAGGCUAUGGUUUUGAUAUUAAGAAAAUUAUAUGGCUAGAGAACACAGGAGCCGAAGGUGGCAGCGAUAAUAUUCUCACUUGUGACAAGAGAAUUGCCAAAAUAUGGAAUAGAAAUGAUGGAAAGGCUUAUGCUUCAAUGGAACCAAGUGUGGAUAUCAAUGACAUAGAACACAUUCCUGGCACCGGUAUGUUUUUCACCGCGAACGAAGGAAUUGCGAUGAACACUUACUACAUCCCAAAUCUAGGACCUGCUCCACAAUGGUGCUCCUUUUUGGAUUCUAUCACAGAAGAGUUGGAGGAAAAACCAAGCGACUCUGUCUACUCCAACUAUAGAUUCAUCACAAGAGAUGACGUCAAGAAACUGGGCCUGGCUCACUUGGUGGGCUCGAAGGUUUUGAGGGCAUACAUGCAUGGUUAUUUUAUCAACAACGAACUCUACGAUAAGGUUGCGCUUAUCGCAAAUCCCAAUUCCUACAGAGACGAAAGAGAAAGAGAGAUCAGACGGCGUAUCGAGAAAGAAAGGGAGUCCCGCAUUCGCACAUCCGGGGCUGUCAAAAAGCCCAAGGUCAAGUUCAACAAAGACUUGGCGGACAAAUUGUCGCAAAAGCGUGGUGACAAGGAAGCUGGCGACGUUCUUACUGACGAUCGUUUCAAGGAAAUGUUCGAGGAUGAAGAUUUCCAAGUGGACGAACAAGAUUAUGACUACAAACAGCUAAAUCCUGUCAAAUCCGCCAAAGAAACGGACGAAGGAGCGGCGAAGCGUAUCAGAGCACUUACAGCUGCGGAGGAGUCCGACGAAGAAAGAAUUGCCAGGCGGGAAGGUCGCGGCCAGUAUUCUGACUCUGAAGAAGAGGACGAUAAUAGCGAUGACAACGAUAGUGAUAGCGAUAGCAAGAGUGGCUCUCAAGAGAUGAGUGAAUCAGAAAAGAAGUUGCUAGCCAAAAAGGUUGCCGCUGCUCAGCGCCGUAAACGGGAGCGCGAAACUGACGCUCAAUUCAAGAAUCAAAUGAGCGUUGGAAUGGUCAACAACGACGCACAAGGUGAAGCAUUCGAUACGAAGGUACAGGAAAUGCGCCAGAAAGAACACCAACGCGAUAGAAACACAGCUGGUGUUCGUCGCAACCACCAGGGAGAGGCAGAAUUCAGCUACGUGCCCACCAAGCGCUCAUCUACACAUCAAAAGAAUAAAAAGAGCAUCGCGGUCGGUAGCGAUGAAGAAACUCAAGAGAGAGACAGCGGUAGAUCUAGGGCACGCUCACAGGGCAGAAGGGCCGGUAAGAAUGCAUUCAGGGGCAUGUAA